UAUUGUUGCAGUGAUGGACUGGAGCAGCGGAUUGCUGGUGCUAUUUUGGCUCAGCCUGAGCAGGAUACCCGAGAUCUAUGGGUACAAGAUUGGAGUGGGGAUAGCGGAUAUAACUGGGCCCCCAGCUGAAGUCGCUUUUAUGGGCUACGCAAACCCUGAACAGAAAGGAGGUGGAUUACACCUAAGGCAGUUUUCUAGAGCUUUUAUAAUAGAGGAUGGUUCAUCGAGGAUGGUAUUCGUCAGCGCAGAUUGCGGCAUGAUGGGAACUUUUCUGAGGAAAGAGGUACUGAGAAGGUUACAAUCGAAACUCGGUAAUUUGUACACCAUCGACAACGUGAUGCUAAGCGGAACCCACACACAUUCCACACCCGGCGGAUUCUUGAUGGACCUUCUCUUCGACCUCAACUCUUGGGGCUUCGUUCCCGAAACCUUUGAAGCCUAUGCCUCUGGAAUAACAAGGAGUAUUCUUCGUGCGCACGGUAGAAUGGUCCAAGGAGACGUGCAGUACUCCAGAGGAGAGAUCCAGAUGGCCAAUAUCAACAGGAGUCCAACUUCAUACUUGAGAAAUCCACCUGAAGAAAGAGCCAGAUACGCAUCCGACGUGGACAAGACUUUCUCUCAGCUCAAGUUCUUCAGAAAGGACGGUUUACCGUUGGGAGUCAUCACAUGGUUCGCAGUGCAUCCUACUUCGAUGAACAACACAAAUAAGUUGGUGUCAAGCGACAACGUGGGCCUAGCAUCCAUCAUGUUCGAGCAAAGGGUCAACAAAGAAUUCACCAACUUGAUUGGAAAGGGGCCAUUUGUGGCCGCAUUCGCUUCUUCUAACCUGGGUGACGUGUCUCCCAACAUCGCGGGGCCCAGAUGUGUCCUCUCUGGAGGACCUUGCGAUGCUUAUACUUCAUCCUGUCCGGACAAAAAAGAUAAGUGCAUCGCCUUUGGACCUGGCAGGGACAUGUUUGAGAGCACCCAUAUCAUAGCGACCAGGAUCAUGGAAAGUGCAUGGGACACAUGGAAAUCGAAAGGACAGCUGUUGAACGGUAAGGUUUCUGUUGUGCACCAAUAUGUUGACAUGCCUUCACGAAAUGUUCCCUACCGAAAUCCCAAAACCGGAGAGGUCCGCGGCUGCUCUCCUGCCAUGGGCUACAGCUUCGCCGCUGGGACGACCGACGGACCCGGGGCUUUCUCCUUCAAGCAGGGGACGACCACGACCAAUCCUCUCUGGAACGCCCUCACAGACCUCUUGGCCGAACCAACACCUGAGCUCAUAGCUUGCCACGCCCCCAAACCUAUUCUUCUCGCUACUGGAUUGAUGAACUUCCCCGUCCAGUGGCAGCCAGCUAUCGUUUCCACACAGCUUGGACAAAUCGGCCCAAUCAAGAUCGCCUGCGUCCCCGGAGAAUUCACUACCAUGUCUGGGAGGAGGCUGAGGAAAAUGCUAGCAGAAGCAACGGCAGUUUCACCCGAACAAGUCAUCGUAGCUGGUCUUUGUAACACGUAUUCCGACUACAUCACUACUCCUGAAGAAUAUCAGGCUCAGAGGUACGAAGCCGCCUCAACGAUUUACGGUCCAUACACGUUGCCGAUCUAUAUAAACCAAUACAAAGCUCUGGCUGGUCAUCUAAAAUAUGGCACGAAACCAGACCCAGGACCUGAUCCUCCGGAAAGUUUCUCAGACUUGGUAUCCCUCCUCCCCCCCGUCAUUUGGGACAUGGCGGGCUGGGGCAAGCAGUUUGGGGACGUCAUCAGCCAACCCAGGGAAGAAGCGAGGCCAGGCGAGACUGUCUCUGCCGUCUUUGUUUCAGGUCACCCCCGAAAUAAUUUUCAAACCGAAGGAACGUACCUUACGGUCGAAAAACUUGGUAAGGAUGACAAGUGGGAUGUAGUGGCUACGGAUGCUAACUGGGAAACCAGAUUCAUUUGGACGAGAGGUUCCAAAAUUCUCGGCACCAGUACGGCAGAAGUUCGGUGGGACAUUCCUCUGGAAACAAAACCAGGGAUGUACAGGAUAAGACACUUUGGUCAUUUUAAGAAUUUUCUAUCUAGCAUCACUCCCUAUGAAGGGACCAGUAUGCCUUUUAAGGUGAGCUACUUCAGGUGGUCCGAUGAGGAACUUUACGACUGUAUGAUUUGGCCUGCGAUGUAACUGAAAAUAUCUUUGUGUAUAUAAUUUAAAUGUCUUAAUAAAAUAAAUACUGUGUUAUGAUGCUCAUUAUUUUAUUUGUAUAUAAUUAAAUUAUGUUUUAAGCUAUGAAUAAAUUACCAACCAAAGGAAAUAAAGUUAAUUUUAUAAAAAUGUAGUAAC